AUGAUUUUGUACAUAAAGAAUAUCGACACAAGACAAGAUUGUAACAAACCAUGGGAACAUCUACUCGAACAAUAUCCUGCUCUAGUCGAACCGAUUCGUGAAAGUUGGAACGAUCCGUCGUCAUUCGUUCGUAAGAUUUAUAUGAUUACACCAACAAAAACACGAGCAGAACAAACACCUGAUUUAACCCGACUUGCACAGACACUUUAUUUAAUUCCCAAUCUAUUUUGGAUUGUCGUCGAAGAUGAACCUCAAGUGACUCUUCGUCUUCGUCGUUUACUUCGAUCAUUUCAUUUACCAUUCAUUCAUUUGAACAUUGCCACGCCUGAUUAUUUAAAACCAACGCAAAAUCAAUCGACAUGGCGGCGACCACGUGGUGUAUUCCAAAAGAAUAUCGGUUUACAAUGGUUACGAACGAAUACGAAUAAGGACGAAGAUGCACUUGUCUAUUUCGCUGAUGAUGAUAACACGUACCACUGGAAGUUAUUUCAAGAGAUUCGAAAGGUGCAAUCAGUUGGUGUUUGGCCAGUUGGACUCGUCGGUGAGCUUCUCUACGAACGACCGAUCUGCUUGAAUGGAAGAGUUCACUCAUGGUUUCAUUACAUGUAUCGGAAACGGAAAUUUCCUACAGAUAUGGCUGGAUUUGCCAUUCAUUUGCGUCUUAUUCAUCACUAUUCCACUUAUGUUUUCAAUGUCAGUGCGACAAGUAUUGCCGAACAAGAAUCUCAAAUCUUGAACACAAUGACAACCAUUGAUCAACUCGAAUGCUUAGCAAACAAUGCUACUAAGAUUUACGUAUGGCACACGAAAACUCAAUCUAUGUUUCUCACAUCGAUUGAGAGAUUACGCAAUGCAGGAAUGAAAUAUGAUCUCGUCAAUCAAUUGUAA